AUGGCACAGAUCGUAACAUUUUUUCAGACGGUGUUAAUUCUGCUACUUUGUGAACAUAUCUCAGCUGAAGAUGGGGAAAUGAGAGCAAGUUGCAGAACUGCUCCAGCGGAUUUAGUUUUUAUCUUAGAUGGCUCUUACAGUGUUGGCCCAGAAAACUUUGAAAUAAUCAAAAGCUGGCUUGUCAAUAUUACAAGAAAUUUUGACAUAGGGCCAAAGUUUAUUCAAGUUGGAGUUGUCCAGUACAGCGAUUACCCUGUACUUGAAAUUCCUCUGGGAACUCAUGAAUCCACCGAGAACCUCAUCAAGGAAAUGGAGUCCAUACGCUACCUGGGAGGAAAUACAAGAACAGGAAGAGCUAUUCAGUUUGCCUUUGACCAUCUUUUUGCAAAAUCUUCAAGAUUUUUAACAAAAAUAGCAGUUGUUCUCACUGAUGGAAAGUCACAAGAUGAAGUCAAAGAUGUAGCAGCAGAAGCAAGGAAAAAUAAAAUCACUUUGUUUGCUAUUGGUGUUGGCUCAGAAAUUGAGGAAGAUGAACUUAAAGCUAUUGCCAACAAGCCUUCAUCAACUUACGUAUUUUAUGUUGAAGAUUAUAUUGCAAUAUCAAGAAUUAAAGAAGUUAUAAAGCAGAAACUCUGUGAAGAAUCUGUUUGUCCGACAAGAAUUCCAGUGGCAGCUCGAGAUGAAAAAGGAUUUGACAUUCUUGUAGGAUUAGGCGUGAAGAAAAAGGUUAAAAAAAGAAUUCAAAUACCAACCACUAAUGCAAAAGCUUAUGAAGUAACCUCACGUGUUGACCUGUCAGAAUUGACAAGGAAUGUGUUUCCAGAAGGUCUGCCUCCAUCCUAUGUGUUUGUUUCCACUCAAAGAUUUAAAGUAAAGAAGACGUGGGAUUUGUGGAGAAUUCUAAGCCUGGAUAAGAGACCACAGAUAGCAGUCACUAUUAAUGGAGAAGAGAAAACUUUAUCAUUCACUACUACAAGUUUAAUAAAUGGCACGCAAGUUAUUACUUUUGCUGCACCUCGUGUAAAGACGCUGUUUGAUGAAGGCUGGCAUCAAAUUCGUCUCUUAGUAACAGAAGACUUUGUAACUUUGUAUAUAGAUGACCAAGAAAUUGAGACCAAGCCAUUACAUCCUGUUUUAGGUAUUUACAUCAGUGGCCUAACGCAAAUAGGAAAGUAUUCUGGAAAGGAGGAAACUGUACAGUUUGAUAUACAAAAGCUGCGAAUCUACUGUGACCCAGAGCAAAAUAAUCGAGAAACAGUCUGUGAGAUCCCAGGAUUUAAUGGAGAGUGCAUGAAUGGUCCUAGUGAUGUAGGCUCAACGCCUGCCCCCUGCAUAUGCCCGCCAGGAAAACAAGGACUUCCAGGCCCCAAAGGUGACCCUGGGCAGCCUGGGAAUCAUGGUUAUCCUGGUCAGCCUGGUCCAGAUGGUAAGCCUGGAUAUCAGGGAUUAGCAGGAACUCCAGGUAUCCCAGGAACUCCAGGGAUUCAAGGACCACGUGGCUUACCAGGUAUCAAGGGAGAGCCAGGGAAAGAUGGGGCUAAGGGUGACCGUGGACUACCUGGUUUUCCUGGAUUACAUGGGAUGCCAGCACCAAAGGGAGAAAGGGGUCCUAAAGGUGAUCAAGGAGUGCCAGGAAUAUAUGGAAAAAAGGGUUCAAAAGGAGAGAAAGGUGAUGCAGGGUUUCCAGGAAUACCUGGGCGAUCUGGAGACCCUGGCAGAAGUGGGAAAGACGGAUUACCGGGAAGUCCUGGUUUAAAGGGAGAAGUUGGACAGCCUGGAUCUCCAGGCCUAGAAGGACAUCGAGGAGAGCCAGGAAUUCCUGGAAUCCCUGGAAAUCAAGGAGCAAAAGGACAAAAGGGUGAAAUUGGACCACCAGGUCAACCAGGAGUGAAAGGGUCACCAGGGGAUACUGGUUUAAUGGGACCAGAAGGCUCAUUUGGUCUACCUGGAGCUCCUGGGCCUAAGGGUGAUAAAGGUGAGCCUGGAAUACAGGGAAAACCAGGAUCAUCAGGAGCCAAGCAAAAUUUAGGGGUCCCAGGCUGAAAAAAUGAAUCAUGUUACAGUGGAGACUUUUCUUCUAAUAUUUUACAGGGUGACAAAGGAAACCAAGGUGAAAGUGGUAUCCAGGGACUGAAAGGAGAAAAAGGAAGACAAGGAAAUCCAGGCUUACAGGGAAUAGAAGGAUUGAGUGGAGAACGAGGAGAGAAAGGUGAGAAAGGAGAUCCAGGCAUUCGAGGCAUCAAUGGGCAAAAAGGAGAAUCUGGUGUCCAGGGUUUGGUUGGACCUCCUGGUCUCAGAGGUCAGCCGGGAGAUAGAGGACCUCCGGGACCACCUGGAUCAGAUGGAAAACCUGCACGAGAAUUUUCGGAAGAAUUUAUUCGACAGGUGUGUUCAGAUGUACUGAGAACCCAGUUGUCUGCCAUCCUCCAGAGUGGAAGGCUACAGAACUGUAACCACUGUCAAUCCCAAAGUGCUUCCCCAGGACUUCCAGGACCACCAGGUCCAAGAGGCCCUGAAGGCCCGAGAGGGUUUCCUGGUUUACCGGGGAACGACGGUAUCCCAGGGCUGACAGGCAUCCCGGGUCGUCCUGGGGCUCGUGGGACAAGAGGACUGCCCGGGAAAAAUGGCGCAAAAGGCAAUCAAGGAAUUGGGGUUCCUGGGAUCCAAGGCCCCCCAGGACCUCCAGGUCCUGAAGGUCCCCCGGGUAUGAGUAAGGAAGGACGUCCUGGAGAGCGUGGGCCACCCGGUAAAGAUGGAGAUCGUGGCAGUCCGGGAAUGCCAGGACCGGUUGGACCCCCUGGAAUUUGUGACCCAUCACUAUGUUUUAGUGUAAUUGUGGGUAGAGAUCCGUUUAGAAAGGGACCAAAUUAUUAAUUUGUGAUACAGUAAUUUAGAGGAAUAGGCAUGGUGCUUGUCUUUUAUGGUCUUUCAAGUCUCAGGAAGG